AUGGCUAUCCUUAGAGCAUUGUGCCUUGCCUUUCUUCUCUUUGUAGGGUUAGGUUUAGCUUCGGCUACAAGAACUCUUCUUGAUUAUGAUCCACGUACACGUCACUAUGGUUAUGAUCGUCCUAGUCCAAGAGUAGGGUAUGAUCCUGGCCAUCGUGAUGAAUCCUAUGAUAAUGCAUAUGGUGGAAGCUCUAGUAGAGGACAUGGAAUUGGAGAUUCCGCUCUUGGAGGUUCCGGAUACGAAGGUGGUGGAAGACGUGAUUAUGGAUAUGGGGAUCGAAAUGAUAAUCGUGGGGUUGGAUAUGGUAAUGGUGGUGGAUAUGGAGGUGUAGGAGGACAUGGUGAUGGUUAUGGUAACAAUGGUGGUGGAGGCUAUGGAGAUCGUUAUGGCCCUUCUCUUGGAGGUUCAGGAUAUGGAAGUGGAGGUAAAGGAAGUGACAACGGCUAUGACGAUCGUCAUUCUCAUGGAUAUGGAGGGCGUGACAAUGGCUAUGGAGAUUCACAUGGACAUGAAGGACGUGACAGUGGAUAUGGGAGUGGUGGAGGAGUUAGUGGUGGCUAUGGUAAUGGAGGAGUGCAUGGAGGAGAGUAUGAUAAUAGCAAAGGAAGUGGAGAAGAAGGAGGUUAUGAUGGUGGAUAUGCUGUCAAAAACUCCAUCUCAAAGGGGAAUUGA